UAUUUAGAUUGCAUUUCAUUAUAAAUACGGUGAAGUUGUAACACUUCGAUCGAAAUUUUGUAAAAAUCUUCGUAACAUUAAAAUUUCACAAUGAACGACAUAGAUGAUAAGUUUUACUACGUAUACAGUUCAUCAUUGGAUCACAAAUUGGAGAUAAAAAUAGGAACUUUAGAGGGUAAGCGCGCGAAGCCAGAGUAUGACAAGUUGCUCUCGGAUCCCAUGUUGAAGUUUUCUGGCUUGUAUCAAGAGGGGUGUUCCGAUUUGUACGUGAGUUGCCAAGUGUUGAGCGAUGGCGUUCCCUUGGCGCUGCCAGUCACUACGUCGUACAAGGCCUUCACUAAUCGAUGGAAUUGGAAUGAAUGGGUGACUCUGCCCGUAUACUACAGUGACCUUCCCCGCAAUGCCAUGCUGGCUAUGACCAUAUACGAUUGUGCCGGCCCGGGGAAACUCAUGGUUGUUGGUGGGACGACCAUAUCCUUCUUCGGGAAACAUGGCAUGUUGAGACAGGGGAUGUUCGAUCUCCGCGUGUGGCCGGGAGUAGAGGGGGGAGAGAAGACGCCGGGCAAAGCGCCGGACCGGGGAAAAGAGCAGAUGCAGAGGCUGGCCAAGUUGGCCAAGAAGCACAGGAAUGGACAUAUGCCGAAGGUGGACUGGCUGGACAGGCUCACGUUCCGUGAGAUCGAGAUGAUUAACGAAAAGGAGAAGCGAGGAUCUGACUACAUGUACCUCAUGAUUGAGUUCCCCACCGUCCACAUUGAUAGUAUCAACCACGCGGUCGUCUACUAUGAGCAAGAUGGCGACGAAAUGUACCAGUUCCGCGCACAGGCGGAAAUCGUCACGGUGCCUGACCAUGAGAUACAGCAGGAGAACCUAGUAGAAAACAAACAGCAUCGUCUAGCUCGCUCUCUCCGUGCCGGGCAAGGCGGGAGGGAUGCCAAGCCAACUGCCGCUGAACGCGACCAGUUGACUGCUAUAGUAGCGGCACCUCCGGCUUCACCCCUCACUGUAACAUACCAAGACUUGCUCUGGAAAUACAGAUUCUACCUGUCGUCGCAUCGGCGCGCGCUCACCAAGUUCCUGGAAUGCGUCAACUGGAACCGACCAGCGGAGGUGCGGCAAGCCCUGUCCAUGAUGAAGCAAUGGGCUCCCAUGGACGUGGAAGACGCUUUGGAACUGCUCACACCCAAGUUCACACAUCCCGCUGUCAGGAAAUACGCCAUAUCGCGACUGAAGCAGGCACCUGACGAAGAUCUGUUGCUGUAUCUCCUGCAGCUCGUGCAAGCUCUAAAAUACGAGGACUUCAACGAAAUACACGAAGAGUACGCGCGUAUAUGCGGCAAAGAUGUGGCCUUGUACUCGGAUUCAGAGGGAAGGCUGUUGCAGAGCGGCCCGAGGGGAAGCCAAGCUAGCCUGCUUUCCACGUCUGUGCUAACAACGAGCGAGAUGACGUCAUCGACGAUCAGCCGUCGGUCAGAAGACGACACGCUCACGGACAACACCGACAACAACAAUUCUGUUGUUGACAACAAUUCCUUCGGCGACGGCACCGACCCCACAGAAGAGCGCCUGAACCUGGCGACUUUCCUCAUAUCUCGGGCUUGCAACAACAGCGUGCUAGCCAACUACCUGUACUGGUACCUGCUCAUAGAGUGCGAGGACCGACAGACCGCGCAGGAAAUGGCCAUCAGGAGCAUGUACCUUACUGUCAUGAGGACCUUCAGUCAUCAGCUCGCUAAAGGCACCGCGGAACACCAACGCACCCGCUCCUUCCUCGCUCGCCAACAAGUCUUCAUCGACAAACUAGUCAAACUCGUCAAAACCGUCACCCGCGAAAGCGGCAAUCGCAACAAGAAAGCAGAACGCCUUCAACAACUCCUAGCCGACCCUGACGCCUUUAAAUUCAAUUUCACCAACUUCGAACCCAUGCCUUUUCCUCUAGACCCUAACGUGACCAUCAAAGGAAUAGUCGCUAAGAAGGCUAGUCUAUUCAAAUCGGCUUUGAUGCCUUCGAAGUUGACGUUUUUGACGACAGAGGGUGUGGAGUAUGAAGCCAUGUUUAAGCAUGGUGAUGAUUUGAGGCAGGAUCAGCUGAUUUUGCAGAUGAUUACGCUGAUGGAUAAGUUGUUGAGGAGGGAGAAUUUGGACUUGAAGUUGACGCCGUAUAAGGUCCUAGCAACAAGCUCAAAGCACGGCUUCCUACAAUUCAUCGAAUCAGUCACCGUGGCCGAGGCAUUAGGCACUGAGGGCACGAUACAGAACUUUUUCCGAAAACAUAAUCCUUGCGAGGGCGCGCCGUAUGGGGUUAAACCGGAGACGAUGGACACUUAUAUUAGGAGCUGCGCGGGCUAUUGCGUUAUUACGUAUCUUUUAGGUGUUGGUGACCGCCACUUAGACAAUCUGUUGCUAACCAAAGCCGGGGCCCUAUUCCACAUCGACUUCGGCUACAUUCUGGGUAGAGACCCCAAGCCUCUGCCCCCCCCCAUGAAACUGAGCAAAGAAAUGGUGGAGGCUAUGGGUGGAAUCCAUUCUGAGCAUUAUCAGGAGUUCAAGAAGCAGUGCUAUACGGCGUUCUUGCAUCUUAGGAGACACGCAAACCUGAUGCUAAACUUGUUCUCCCUGAUGGUGGACGCUUCAGUGCCCGACAUAGCCCUGGAGCCCGACAAGGCGGUCAAAAAAGUACAAGACAAAUUACGACUGGACCUUGGGGACGAAGAAGCGGUACACUACCUUCAAAACCUUCUGGACAUGUCAGUGACAGCUGUCAUGGCGGUGUUAGUGGAACAGUUCCACAAAUUCGCGCAAUACUGGCGUAAAUAAACAAUACAGUA